AUGGCGGGUCGUCGAUUCGCUCCAAGCGAGGUUUCUGAUCGGUAUGAAACCAGAAGAGACUACGCACGCUCUGAGAUAGGCCGUCGAGAUGAACGUAUCUGGGAAGAAGAGUUGGAAUACCGCUCCCGUCCACCACCACCACGGGGGCGAGAGAGGACAACUGUUGUGAAGGAAGAAGUGCGAGUGAAGGAACGUUCGCCACCAGAUUUCUUGCGAGAAAAUUAUGGACGUACAACCUCGGGCCCGGUGGUUCUCCGAGCCAGAGAACGGGAGGACUUUGAAUUUGUCCCACGUCCGCGUCGAAGGUCGCCAAGCCCAGAGCUUGAGCGCAAAAUUGAAAGGGAAGAAAUCAUCGUGAGGAAAGAGCCAGAGGUCAGGCGAGAGCCCCCUCCACCCCCACGAGACUACGAGCGAGAAGAAAUCAUUGUUCGAAGAGAAGAUCGAACGGCUGAACGAGCAAGGCCCCCACCUCCACGAGAGGUUGAGAGAGAUGAACUCAUUGUCCGAAGGGAGGAGCGGGGUGGGAACCCCAGAUACUCGGCAGUAUAUGAAAGGAAUGAUGUGAUCGAUCGUCGCCCACCGCCUCGUGAUGACUAUGAAAGAGAGGAAAUCAUCAUUCGCCGUGAUAGAGAUGAUUCACGUGACGCUCCGCGGUAUCGAGGUCGAGACGACCCGUAUCCUCUUCCACGUGCUGUCUCUCAUGAACGGGAGCGUUCUCGUAUGGGACGUGGUCGCUCUGGUAGCGACACAGAUGAGAUCAUAAUUAGACGAGAUGAGCGUGAAGGUCGGAAUGGUAGGGAGAGGGAGAGAGAGGAGAUCAUCAUCCGAAGACAUGACUCCCGGUCCCCCAGUCCAGCAUCCAGUCGAGGUGUUAGCGUUAGGCCGCCACCUGAACCUCCUAUCAUAAACGCGCCUGCCAUUCAUCAAGAGGUCAUCACACAUCAUAGACAUGUUGAUCAUGGCUACGAACUGGCUCUUGCUCCCAUUGCUCCACCGGCCCGUUUCAGGCCUCCGUCUCCUCCCACGCCACCUCAAGAAGAGGAAAGGAUUGAGAUCCGUCGCCGCGGAGAGAAGAACGGCAGAGCUUAUGAUGAGGAUAUCAUCAUUGACCGUAACCAGUCAAGAUCUGCCCCUCCGACACGUGAUCGACAAGACGAUGAUUUGGAUCGCGCAGCGCUUUAUGCUACUCCUGCUCCAUCCCGAAGGCCCGCUCCUCCAGAACGAUGGCGCGAUCCACGAGAUUCACGGGAUAUCCAGGAGGAAGCGGAGUAUUAUAACCAACGAGCGCUCGAUCGCACUUAUCCUGGAGAAGGCUAUCACGGGUCAACGGCUGACUGGGCGAUUGUCGAUGUGCCACCAGGAACUCGGCGUGUGCGUAUGGAUGGGGCUGGCGGCGGAGCCCAAGAAAUCACUUGGCAACGUUAUAACGGGGUGAGAAGGAGUAAGUUCAUGCCAGAUGGUAGCGAUGAAGGAUACGGCAGCGAGGUCGGCAGACCAGCGCCAGCUCCAGCUCCAGCUCCUGCUGCUGCUGCUGCUGGAGGAGAAAUUGGACGACGAUACAUGGGAGUCAAAGACCCUAGAGAGGGCAUGUGGACAGAAAUCACCAAAGACCUGGUAGUCAAAGAAGCUAUCGUUGAAGCUGGUUAUGAGUUUGAGGAGACGGAUGAUUUCUUUUAUGUUAUUGCCUAUCUAAAAUACGAGGAUGUCGCUCGUCUGGUCGGUCUUAGCGAAGACAUCAGACAUGCUAGACGCAAGCGCAUGAAAGAAAUCGACUGGGAAAGGAGAGCUCUCCCUCCACCAGAAGCACCCAGGAGACCCUUGGCCAUUGAGGAUGCCCCUAGUAGGCCAGCGCCCGGGCCCUGGGAUCGAGAAGACGAACGUGUGGUCGAGCGAGAGUGGUAUCGCCCUCGAGCACCACCCCCUCGGUGGUAG